UGGAUCUUCGCACGUUACGAGUACCAACGUAAACACACUCUCAUCUAAAUCUAAUGCAUCAUUCAAAACUCUUUCUGUUUCAUUUCCAUAUGAUAUGCUUUCACUCCAACACCAACAACAACUAGUACUAUACUACUACUACUGUGUACAACGUUGGUGUCACUACAUGAUUGGAUGUUGAAAAUUAACACAAAACUGUUUUCUCUCUCUUUCUCUCCCUGACUUUGCUUGCGAUACUCUUGUGAUAAAUAAAUAAAUAAAUAAAUAAAUAAAAAUCUGUUCUUUUUUUUAUUAAAGCACUUAAAGGGUUGUUGUAAUGUGAGUUUCCUCUUUGUUCUUGUUUUCUAUUCAUUUUCACCAUCUUUGUUUCUUAAUGAGAAAGUGGGGACCAUAAUCGCAAUGUAGUUUUCUCAAGAACUAUUUUUUGCUAUGAAAAUCAAGUUUUGUCCAUCUGGGUUACUCUGCAAAAAGGUGCAUUUGUAUUUGUUUGAAACUUUUUGGAUCUGCUUUUGGGGUUCCACAACUUUUUACAAAGGUUAAAUUUUGAUGAUUUUGGGAAGAAAUAACCGUGACCCAUAUGAAGAAUUUGAACUGGCAUAAACAAAUUUCUAACAAUGGAAAGUCUGGGAAGAGGCUUUCACUUGGAGAGUACAAAAGAGCAGUUUCUUGGUCUAAGUAUUUGGUUUCAUCUGGUGCUGCAAUAAAGGAUGAAGAAGAAGAUGAAUGGAGUGCUGAUAUGUCUCAGUUGUUUAUUGGAUCUAAAUUUGCUUCUGGAAGACAUAGUAGAAUCUAUAGAGGUCUUUACAAGCAAAAGGAUGUUGCAAUUAAGCUUGUGAGUCAACCUGAAGAAGAUGAAGAUUUGGCUUCUUUUCUUGAGAAGCAAUUUACUUCUGAGGUUGCUUUGCUUUUGAGGUUAAGGCAUCCAAAUAUCCUUACUUUCAUCGCUGCUUGCAAGAAACCACCAGUGUUCUGCAUAAUUACCGAAUAUUUAGCCGGUGGUUCAUUGAGAAAAUACCUUCAUCAACAAGAACCGCAUUCAGUUCCACUUGAACUUGUUCUGAAACUAGCCUUAGACAUUGCAAGGGGAAUGAAAUAUCUUCAUUCUCAAGGGAUACUUCAUAGGGAUCUCAAAUCUGAGAAUCUCCUUUUAGGAGAAGAUAUGUGUGUAAAGGUGGCUGAUUUUGGUAUCUCAUGCUUAGAAUCUCAGUGUGGAAGUGCUAAAGGAUUUACCGGAACCUACCGUUGGAUGGCUCCUGAAAUGAUCAAAGAAAAACAUCAUACUAAAAAAGUUGAUGUGUAUAGUUUUGGUAUUGUUCUUUGGGAGCUUUUAACUGCAUUGACUCCAUUUGACAACAUGACACCAGAGCAGGCUGCAUUUGCAGUUUCCUACAAGAAUGCAAGACCACCACUGCCAUCUGAAUGUCCAUGGGCAUUUAGUAAUCUGAUCAAUAGAUGUUGGUCAAGCAAUCCAAAUAAAAGGCCACAUUUUGUUGAGAUUGUAUCAAUUUUGGAGAGCUUUAUUGAAUCACUUGAGCUUGAUCCACAUUUUUUCUCAACUUACAAACAGCAACCUACUAAUUUAAUUCUGGGGUGCUUCCCUAAAUGCAAAGCAAAUUAAUAGAUGCUAUGCUACUUACUACUACUCAAGCAUUUUCAAGUUAUCUCUCAAGAAUUGUGUUGUAUUGAAAUCCCAUGAAUGCUCUCUUUUUUAUUGAAGAAAAAUAUAAACAUGUAUCUUUUGUUAAUUAUUUUGAUUUGAUGGACAUUCAUAAAAGUAUUGUGUUUAACAAAA